AGUGGCUGGUUCGCGUGGGAGCCGGACAGAGAGUUAGAGAUAGAGAGAGAGACAGAGAUGAAACAGAGAGAGACAGAGAGAGAGAGAGAGAAAGAGAGAGUCGGUGACCGGCACUAGUCACUCCGAACAACUUGCGAGUCAGACAGACAGACAGACUGCGGUAACGGUGUAGACUACAGUCGUCUAUACAUUCCGCUUUCUGUACAUAUUGCCGUGUAGUAUAGCCGUUAUUAGAUCUUCUAUAACGUGGUUUUUGGAAGUGAUUUUGUUACCUCGUGUGAUACAAAGCAAAAAGGGAUAAAAAAGUGAAUGCACAUUGUGAAGUGUACAGAAAACACAAGCUUUAUUCUUCAAAACAUCAAAACUACUUUGAUUACAAGGGGAAAAGUGAUAAUUCACGUACCAGUGGAUUAAGACAAUCCUAUCUACUCUACCAGUUUUGCAAGAUCGCAGUCAGUCAUCUGUGAAGCUGGAGUGAAGUGCCUGGACACGAGGCCAGAGAGCCGCGUGAAGCCUGGAAGCGAAGCCUCAGGCCAGCAGAGUGAACGACUAAACUCUAGCGAGGGAAGGAGGUUCCAGCAACGCUCUUUCCUCUAUUUUUCUUUAGUGCGAAGGAAAGGCCUUUCGCGUGCCGUGGGAGGCGUUAUUGCAAGCGACGAGAGCCAAGAACUUCGUAUGUGGAGUUUCUGCAAGUCAGAUGUGUUAAGGGGAUUCUUUAUUCCUUUUUUUAAGUAUACGGAGGAAACUGUCAGCAGAAAAGGCCAGCUGAACAUUCCCACCACUUCAUAAAAAAAUAGGAUACAACAAGAAAAGAAAAAGGAAUUCACAGCAGAUCGAUUGCACACUUCCGUCUCCCUUCGCGUCUGUGAGCCGACUGACCGUCACGCCUGCGUUGACCCUGUUGUAGGAAGCGCCAACGCCCUCUGUGCCCAGACCUGAGCCUGGUGCCGUGCCAAAUAACAAUUUCCGGGACAGCGACCUCCACGUCCUAGUGAAGAGUUAAUAAACAAAAAUAUUGUCCUAGUGGGCCGCCUUGGAAUACGCCUGCAAAAAAAUCAAGUCUGAAAAACCUGGAGCGCGAGUAAUGCUUCCCCCGUUGGUGACGUCACGGCGCUGCGAAGAGUACGGUACAUAACUGCCAGGCAUCGCUAGUCAUACAAUCGCACUUAUAUUUUGUAAUUUACCACCUGUUGCACGAUAAGUAUUAGAUCAUAAAACAAAAACAAAAAACGCGAAAGAAGCCUUUAGAUCUCUUGAACCCGAGAAAAAAAAACACAAUCGGCAGCCUCCCGCGCGGCCACCGAGGUGAUCUCUAUGCGACAGUCAGCUGUAAGCCGUCAGUUGGCUCUGAACCGCUGAGCUCGGCGUAACAGCUUCGCCGGAUCCAACACUUUCUCUUUUUCUCAAUCCUUCUGUAAGGCAGGCGAGUGUCACGCGGUGUAGGGAGGUAUCCUUAAUUCUCUUAUCAAAUACGAUCCGCGUUGAUAUCACCACGCGGUUUCAACUCCACCUUUCCUUCCCCGCAUGUACGUGAGCCGAUAAGUGAAUCAAUAAGGAAAUUUGAAGAUUUGUGUGUCUUUCCCGAACCAGACCCGAGGAUUUACUUGAGUGCAUAAAAUAGGGUGUAUGUUGCAACACCAGUGAGAAGAGAAAUAUCAAUCUAACAUUACUCCUCUGAUAUAGUUGUAAUUGAUUCUGAUAAACAAAAUUAAUUCGUGAGUGUAGAAUGACCACGAGUUCCCAGUCAUAAAAGACAAAACGAGAAAAGUUUCCAUCUUUUAUCGGCAUUCGGCUACCAAGAUCCGAAGUCCACAAUGGCACCCAACCUGCCACUCGACUCCCUGUGGCACGACAGCGACGAGAACACGAGCCACGAGGCGCUCGACGUGCCCAGGGCGGUGCCGCAGGUGCCGGAGCUCUUCAGCCCGCACCUCCCGCAGCACUUCCAGGAUCCUGACAGCCCCAACCUCCACCUGCAGCAGCAGUUCGCGCGGCAGAGUGUGCCUCCGGUCCCCAAGCCUCACCCAAGAUCCACUCUGAGGGCCUUCGUGCCCACUCAAACACCUCCCUCAAGCACAAGCAUUCCUGGCGGAGGUGGAGGCGCCCUCGCGGGCGGAGGAACUGCGGGCCCCGACGGCGGCGACGCAUCGAGGGUGGUACCGGCGAACAGCGACACGAGGAACCCUCGCUUCCCCGCCGUGACGCCCCUCCACGGCGCCGACGGCAGCGGCGCAGGCUUCGCCACCGACGCUGUGAAUUUCGACGUCAGCCAGAGGACUCCGCUCGCUUCUGGCAGUGCCCCGGGGGGUCCACAGGGCACUCGCCGCCCCGCGAUUCUCCGCGGCCAGGGGUCCUCGCUUCCUGAGGGUGUCUCCGCGCCCCCCCAGACGAGGUUUCCUGCGCCGGCACCUGACAGUAUUUCUCCAAAGGACACCAAAGAGCCGAGCCGAAGCGCCGGGGGAGCCGCGGCGGCCGCGGGCGGGAAACCCAGUCCGACCGCGACCAGCCCGCAGGCGCCCAGCUCCACCGCGACGCCCCAGACGAUAGACCCCGGCGUCCUCAAGCUCCCUGGACACGAACCCGAGGCGCCUGCGGAUCUGGUGCUCAUCCACCACGAGAGGGCCAUCGACGUCCAUAACCAGACGGGCUUCGACGGAAUCAUCGUCAGGGACGACUCCACCUCCCUCACGCCGGAAGGAGCCACAGCCUUGAUUCUGGUCGGAACAUGCAGCGUUUUCCUUGUCCUCAUCUGCUUCAUAAUGUUCGUCCAGAAAAUACGCAAGCAACGUAUCGACAGAAAGGUUUCACAGGAGGUUGAUGUCGUCAAACCUCCAGUAUCCUACGACUCCACGGGCAUGCCACCGCACCCCCACCCCCUUUCCCUUAUUCCUCCCGCGCUCCUACACGCCCUGACUCACCCGACAGGAAGCAAGGGGGACCUUUUUGAAGACCAUAUCCAGCCGUCCUUCUUAACCAUGGAGCCUCCACAGUCACUCAACAGUCUUGGACGACUCUGGUUCUCUGUUUGCUAUGACUACGUACAGCAGACGCUUGUUCUGAACAUUCUCCAUGCAAGGUACUCGAAGGGGCGCGGCUCCACCACCAACCCCGGCGAGGUGUGGGUGGAGGCGUGUGUCCUGACGCCCAUGAACACCGUCAAGGCAUCUCACAAGACAGGCACUCGCAGAGCCAGCCUGGCGCCCGUGUUCAAUCAGAAGUUCAUUUUCAAGGUAGCGGAUGAGGAAGUGACCCAGUUCCUGGUGCGCAUGACCCUGUAUGACCGCCACCCGCAGCAGGGCGAGAAGGCGGUGGGAUCCGUCAUCGUCCCGCUCAGCACCGUCGACCUCUGCUCCAACGAGACGGUCUCCAGGGAUCUGCAGUGAUUUCCCGAAGGAACUUCGGAUAUCGCCCGGUGUCUGGCUCGGCGCCUUCGUCUUUCCUGCGUCUCUGUGUACAUAGCUUCGAUGAAAACACCUGCGGGUGGACAUGUAAUACACGGAUAUUUAUAAAGUUUAAAAGUACAUAUAUGUGUGUGUGUGUAUACAUACAUACAUGCCUACAUACAUACAUACAUACAUACAUACAUACAUAUAUAUAUAUAUAUAUAUAUAUAUAUAUAUAUAUAUAUAUAUAUAUAUAUAUAUAUAUAUAUAAACACAUAUGUGUGUAUGUAUAUAUGUAUCUAUAUAAAUAAAGGAACAAAUAGGAUAUGCUAAUGCCAUUAAUUAGGGAAUUAUUUAUGCAGAGGAAAUUUUUAGGGUGCAAGUUAACGUAGCCUAGAAAACUAAAAGAAGAUGAAUUUAAAGAAAUCAUUUCCUAUAACAAUGAUUUCGUGAAUAUUGUUUCGCGAGGC